AUGAUAGGAGAAGUACUAAAGGUCAAGCCACUAACCGGAAAAGAAGCUACCAAACGCGCUGUGCUCGAACAAAUCACUUCAGUUGCAUUAAUUCACAUUGCAGCUCACAGGAGGAAGGAAACCGGGGAAAUUGCUUUGGCCCCAAAUCCUGGGUAUACGACCGAGGUUCCUAAAGAGCCGAAUUAUAUUCUAACAAUGUCCGACGUGCAGGCUGUUAAGUUGCGAGCACGACUUGUUGUACUCAGCUGUUGUCAUAGUGGUAGAGGUACAGUCAUGUCUGAGGGCGUGGUUGGUAUGGCAAGGGCUUUCUUGAGUGCUGGUGCUCGCUCUGUUCUUGUUUCACUCUGGGCCAUUGAUGACGAGGCCACAAUGGAGUUCAUGAAAAGUUUCUACAAGCAUUUGAGAUAUGGAGAAAGCGCCAGUGUUGCUCUUCACCAGGCCUUGAAAUUUCUGCGAGAAUUGGACAAGUUUUGUGCCCCCGAAGUACUGGGCCCCAUUUGUACUCAUUGGCGAUAA